CCCCCCCCCCCCAUCUCUCUCUCAUGUCUUUAUAUUCCUUUGGAUGUUCUCUCUUGUUGAGGGUUUCUAUUGUGCUCUCCCUACAUCUUCAACUUCACCAACAAUUUCCUUCAGACCAUGCGAGGAGAAGUUAUGUGGCCAAGAUUAGUAGCUAGUAAGCUACUCAGAAAAACAUUAGGAUCUAAUAACUUUGUCGCGGACUUCCCCGGAAACACUUAUUCUUUUCUUGAUCUUCCAACAUUGGAUCUCGAACCUGUCCCGAGUCCUAAAAUUCUCUUGACUGAUUACCACGAUACACAAAAGUUCAAGGUCUUCGUUAGCACAUGGAACGUUGGCGGUGUUGCACCUACCGACGAUUUAAAUAUCGAUGAUUUAUUAGAUACAAGCAAUACUACAUGCGAUAUUUACGUACUUGGGUUUCAAGAAGUGGUUCCUCUAAGAGCUUCCAAUGUUCUUGGAUCAGAUAAGAAGAAGAUAUCUAUGAAAUGGAACUCCUUGAUUAGAAAAACUUUAAACAAGAAAUCACACGACCGAAACAACAAUAACAAUAACUUGAGCGAGAAGCAACGUGUUACGAAAGGCAAGAAAUCAAACACUGAGAGUAGCAUGAUUCAACCGGAGUUUCGAUGUCUAAUCAGCAAACAAAUGGUUGGGAUAAUGAUAUCGGUAUGGGUUCGCAGCGAUCUUCAUCCAUUUUUUCGAAACCCUAAUGUCUCUUGUGUAGGUUGUGGCAUCAUGGGAUGCCUUGGCAACAAGGGCUCGGUUUCAGUACGAUUCCAGUUUCACGAGACAAGUUUUUGCUUCGUAUGUGUUCACUUAGCGUCAGGAGGAAGAGAAGGAGAUGAGAGAGUUAGAAACUCGAAUGCCACCGAGAUUUUCUCUAGAACAAGUUUUCCGACCGUUAUGGGACCGUCACUUGAUCUGCCCAAAACGAUUCUAGACCACGAUCGUGUUGUCUUGCUGGGAGACCUAAAUUAUCGGAUUUCAUUGCCAGAGAGCGAAACACGAUUACUAGUAAACCGAAAGGAUUGGAAUACACUACUUGAGAACGAUCAGCUUCGAAUGGAACUCAUGGAUGGGCAAGCAUUUGAAGCUUGGCAUGAAGGAACUAUCAGUUUUGCUCCUACUUACAAGUACCAACUUAAUUGUGAUGAAUACUAUGGUUGUGGUCAUUUGGGUACCAAACCCAAAAAGAAACGUGCUCCUGCAUGGUGUGAUAGGAUAAUUUGGACGGGAGAGGGAUCAAAGCAACUUCUUUACACAAGAAGCGAAACAAGAUUGUCGGAUCAUAGACCCGUGAAAGCUUUAUUUUCCAUUGAAGUUAAAGUUUCACGAACAACGUAUCGAAGUUUUUGUUUAUCAGAGAGGUUUGGAUGUCAACCCCGUGCGAGUUUAGAUUUUCAUUCUGAUGAUGAAUACUCUGGCCUCUUAAGCUAUCAUAUGAAGAGUAAAAUGACCCCGUGAAAGUGAUCACUGGAGAUUAUAUCAAAAGGAGAAACUAAGGAAGCAAAAAUACGUAAAUAGAGAGUUUCAAGUUUCAAGUAUAGUACUAUUGUUGUUCAUGCUAGUCGGACCAAAGAAUACCAACGUCAUUUUUCUUGGAGUGGAUAUAUAAUUAUGUAUAUGUAUGUAAGUACAAAUGUUAGAGACAGUAAGACCUAUAUGUGUAACAUAAAAGCUUUGAGGUUUGUUGUUUCUAUCUGUCCAUUAGUACUUUGAUUCCAAUAUUAUUGUAGUUGGCAUGAUAUGAGAGGGUUCUUCAAAGGAAAA